AUAUGUUUAUUCUUUAAAUAAAGCCUGAAGAAAAAAAGAAAAAAAACUGACCGCUUGUCAGGAUGAAUGAAUUCAUGCCCAGACUGCUCUUCCCAGUUUGUUAUCGUCUGAUAGGUUUUAUUAAUGCACAGCCACAGCAGGCACCGUUGCUGUUCUUUGUGGAUCUUUGCUAUUGUUCUGCUUUUACAGCAAUGAUUCACUUGUUCUGCCAAUAAAGCCUGAAACAGACACACAGAAGAAGCCAGGGAGGGGGUGUAGAUGGAGAAGAGGUGGGCUGUACCUCACAGGGAGGAGGGAGGGCGUGCCAUCGCGGGAGAGGUCUGCUUCUCCACUCCAGACUCCUGCCAUCCCUCCGAGCUGGAGGAGCAAGCUGGACCUUGUGUGCAGUUUCCAUCUGUGUAGACUAUCGAUAGAUAACAGCGUCGCACAGCCGAGAAGAUGGAUUUUCUGUUUCCUGCGGUUCUUCUUUGCACUGGGAGUGUCCUCGGCGGAGCAUCAGCCGCGUCUCACUAUAAUUGCAAUGGUCCUCUCGCAUCAGCAUUACCACACUCAUCGUUUCAGAGCUCAUCUCAGUCCUCGGCCAGUUAUUCUGCCUUCUACGCCAAGCUCAACAGGAGAGACGAAGCAGGAGGUUGGUCUCCCAUGGUGACAGACCAAGACCCCUGGCUCCAGGUGGACCUCCGGGAGCAGAUGGAGGUGACGGCUAUAGCUACACAGGGACGUUACGACAGCUCGGACUGGGUCACUAGUUACCUGCUGCUCUACAGUGACACAGGUCGUAUCUGGAAGCAGUACAGGCAUGAGGAUGGAUUGGAGAGGUUUGACGGGAAUGUGAAUUCAGAGACUGUCGUCCAGAACAAGUUGUCCCACCCUGUGAAGACACGUUUCUUGCGCUUUGUCCCUCUUGACUGGAACCCCAGCGGGUGGAUGGGCCUGAGAGUGGAGGUGUUUGGAUGUUCCUACAAAUCGUAUGUGGCUGAUUUUGAUGGCAGAAGCUCACUGCUGUAUCGGUUCAACCAGAAAUCCAUGUCAACAGUGAAGGAUGUUAUUUCUCUGCGCUUUAAGAGCUACCAGGCUGAGGGUGUCCUACUGCACGGUGAGGGGCAAAGAGGAGACUACAUCACACUGGAGUUGCACCGAGGAAGGCUGGAUCUUUAUCUCAACUUAGAUGAUAGCAGGUCGAGGUUCAGCAGCCGUCGUGUUCCAGUUACUGUGGGCAGCCUGCUGGAUGACCAACACUGGCACUCUGCUCACAUCGAGCGCUUCAACAGGCAGGUCAACCUCACUGUGGACUCCCACACACAGCACUUCCAAACCAGUGGGGAAGGACUGUCUCUGGAGGUGGACUAUGAGCUGAGUUUCGGAGGCAUACCUCUGCCUGGAAAACCUGGCACCUUCCUAAGGAAGAACUUCCAUGGCUGCAUUGAGAACCUCUACUAUAAUGGAAUCAACAUCAUAGACCUGGCAAAGAGACGCAAGCUACAGAUUCACAGUGUGGGCAAUGUGACCUUCUCAUGUUCGCCGCCCCAGCUGGUGGCCUGCACCUUACUGAGCUCGAGCAGCAGCUUCCUGUCGCUCCCAUCUGCUGGUCCCCCAACAGGGGAAUUCACUGUUCGCUUCCAGUUCAGAACCUGGAACCCCGACGGACUUCUGCUCUCUGUUCAACUCAACCCAAGUCCACAGAAACUAGAGCUGCAGAUCAGCAACAGCUGGCUUCAUUUGACCCUCCGUAGCACAGGACGACAGAGAUCAGAGGUUUCUGCUGGCCGCAGAGUCAACGAUGGAUUGUGGCACACUGUGAGUCUUGUCAGCAGGAAUCUUCAGAUCACUCUGAGUUUGGAUGGCGAGCCUUCAUCCAACAUUGAACUUUGGGAAUCGGUGGAAUCAAGAGGCAGCUUCUACUUUGGAGGCUGUCCACCCACAGAGUGUCACAUGCAAGCUCCUGCCUUCCAGGGGUGCAUGCAGCUCAUAUCCAUCAACAAUCACCUGGUGAAUCUCACUCAUGUGCAGCAAGGAUUGCUGGGAAAUUAUAAUGAGCUUCAGUUUGACACAUGCAAUAUGAAAGACAGAUGCCUGCCUAACCUUUGCGAACACAACGCCCGUUGCUUCCAGACGUGGAGCUCCUUCUCCUGCGACUGUUCAGGAACAGGAUACUCUGGAGCGACAUGUCACAACUCAAUCUACGAGUCAUCCUGUGAGGCCUACAAGCUGAGUGGCAGCUCCUCAGGUUUCUACUUCAUCGAUCCAGAUGGGAGCGGUCCCUUGGGGCCCACACAGGUAUACUGCAACAUGACAGAAAAGAAGGUAUGGACGGUGUUGUCCCACAACAGCACGGCUCCAGUAAAAGUCCAGAACUCCUCUCCUCAGCAACCCUACACCAUGACAUUCAGCUACAACGCAUCAGCUGAACAACUACGUGCCAUUGUGUCUGGGUCAGAGCAGUGUCAACAAGAAGUAGUUUACAACUGUAAGAAGUCCCGUCUCUUUAAUACUAAAGAUGGGAGCCCGCUGUCCUGGUGGCUGGACCGCGAAGGAGACAAAAGGAGUUACUGGGGAGGCUUCCUGCCUGGAGUUCAGCAGUGCUCCUGCAGUCUGGAGGAGAACUGCAUGGACAUGAAUUACUUCUGCAACUGUGAUGCUGAUACAGACAUGUGGACUAAUGACACAGGCAUCCUCUCCUACAAAGAUCACCUUCCAGUCAGCCAGAUAGUGAUCGGAGACACCAACAGGACCGGAUCCCAGGCUUUCUACCGCGUCGGCUCUCUGCGUUGUUAUGGAGACAAGUCUAUUUGGAACGCAGCCUCUUUCUACCAGGAAUCGUCUUACCUGUACUUCCCCACCCUGCAGGCAGAGCUAGCCUCAGACAUUUCCUUUUACUUCAAGACCAGCUCUCCCUCAGGAGUGUUUCUGGAGAAUCAGGGCCUGAAGGACUUUAUCAGGGUGGAGUUGAGCUCUCCAACGGCGGUGACUUUCUCUUUUGAUGUGGGCAACGGUCCGGCAGUCCUGUCCGUUAAGUCUCACCUCCCUCUGAAUGACAGACAGUGGCACUACGUGAGGGCAGAGCGAAAUGUGAAAGAGGCCUCCCUGCAGGUUGACCAGCUGCCCCUUCGCCUCCUGGCGGCUCCAGCUGACGGACAUCUCCGCCUCCGGCUCAGUAGCCAGCUGUUUGUGGGAGGAACAGCAUCCCAGCAGAGAGGUUUCCUGGGCUGUAUCAGGUCUUUCAUGGUCAACGGCUUGACCUUUGACCUUGAGGAGAGGGCCAAGAUGACCCCUGGUGUGAGCUCCGGCUGUCCAGGAUACUGCAGCGGCUCUAGCAAUCUUUGUCACAACCGCGGCCGCUGCGUUGAGAAGAGCAACGGCUACAUCUGCGACUGCUCGCAGUCCGCCUAUGGAGGGGCCACCUGCAACCAAGAGGUGUCUGUGUCCUUUGACAGAGAGUCCUCAGUGACCUACACAUUCCAGGAGCCCUUCUCAGUGAUGCAGAACAGGAGCUCUCAAGCUUCCAGUGCGUUCACAGAGAGCAGGGCCAGAGAGGACAUGGCCUUCAGCUUUGUUACCUCCCAGAGGCCAGCCAUGCUGCUGACCAUCAGCACCUUCAGUCAGCAGUACAUUAUCACCAUGCUGGCCAGAAAUGGAAGCCUUCAGAUCUGGUAUCAUCUUCAAACAGACAGAAGUCCAAAUGUGUUCAGUCCUGUCCCCAAAAAUCUGGCAGACGGGCGUCUUCAUCGGAUCAGAAUCCACAGAGUUGGCAAAAACCUCUAUGUGCAGAUCGACCAGGACAUCCACAGAAAGUACACACUGUCAUCUGAUGCAGAGCUGAUCUUAAUCAGAUCCUUGACGCUGGGCAAAGUCAUCAGGGUGGAGAGCUUUGAUGAAGACGUGGUAAAAGCAGCUUCCAAAGGUUUUGUCGGUUGUCUCUCUUCGGUGCAGUUCAACCAUGUUGCUCCACUCAAAGCAGCACUGACCAAUCGGGGGAGCUCCCUGAUUACUAUUCAUGGUCCUUUGGUUCAGUCAAAUUGUGGAGCUUUGGCUGAGUCCACGUCACACAUUCUGCAAGAUCAAGCUGCAAAUGCAGAUAAGGAGCAGCGCGACAGCAACGCCCAGAAGGAUUUGGCUGUAAUAGCAGGUGUGGUCACAGCGGUUGUCUUCAUUGCCGUGUGUGCUCUGGCUGUGAUAAGCCGCCUCCUCUAUCAGCAGCGCCAGGCUAAGAGGAGCAACAGCAUGAAAGAGGAGCACAGACACAGCACGUACACAGACUACAGGACUGAGCUGCAUCUCCACAACUCCAUCAGGGACAAUGUGAAGGAGUACUACAUCUGAGCAUAGCAUGCAGCCUGUGCCACAAACUUACCUCUCUCUGACAAAGGACUUCACAGGUGGACACACUGCUGCAGGAACGACACAUCCCAGUGCUCUGGAAGCUCCCAGGAACUCUGCAAACACCUGCAGCCUGCAAUCCACCCUCUCAACGCUCCUGUACAAGCUAGUGGCUGAAUCUUUGCAGCUGUUAGUGUAAUUGAUGUUGGUGAAAUUGUCAGAAUCAAGCUCCUGUGAUUUCUGUCAUUGAAACUAUGUAAAGCAUAAGAUAAACGUCCUUCAGGGGUUGACAGAAAAAUGACGUGAACACAGGGAGCAGAAGCUGCUGUCUAUCCUAAAUGAACACAACUUAAGCUGUUCCGUUCGAAGCCCCCUGCUCCUCCUGCUUCCAGAAAGGUGGGACGCACUGAGCUGUACAUGCAGAUGGGAAGUUGGAGAUCAGGCCUGUAAGAUAUGCGAGCAUUUGCUGCUGUAAUUGUUUUCUUUUUUCCAGUUGUGGUGAAUGUUGUAGAAGAAACAGGGACAAAACUGCCUAAACAGUAUGAGUGCCUAAUUUGCACAUAUCUUUUGUUUUUUAACAUCUUAAAUGUUUUUCAUAGAUAUGCACCAGUUCAGUCACAUUUGCAUUAACAGGAGCUUAUUGUCAUUCAGCUGUGACCAACACAGCAACAGCUGAAUUUCCCAGCCGUAACCAACCUCUGCUUCCUGAACCGAAGCCAGGGGAGACUGUUUCUGUUAGGAUUUUUCCAUUUCUUCAAACAAGGCGGCACAGAAGCUAACAAACCAGAAAAGUCCAAACUCUGUAACUGGAUGGAGACCCAAAGCCUCAAUUAUCAAGCUCAGAAAGGCUAAAAAUAUGUGUGAAGAAGUGGAAACCAGCAGGGCUUAGUGGAACUUUCUUCUAAUGAAUAUUAAAUAAAUAGACAUCCCAAUCACUAAGUUUAAUUUUAUUUAUAAAGAAACAACAAAAUAAUCUCGUGACACUUCACAUAGGAACAAACAGGUCCAACUCAGUCCUUUAAACUUGGGCUGCAAGUCAAAGUAAGGCCAUCAAUUAAUUUACUGAAGCAUAUUUUUAAGUUAUUUAACUUCAAAGACAAAUAUUACAGUUUUGUCUGGAUUUCCCAGUGGUGCAUUACUCAAUAAUUUACCCAGGCUGAACAGUUGUAAAGUAAAACAAAUUGACCCAGAUACUGAACCCUGUGUGACAAACAAUUCACAUAAACAAACCGGAAUCUGUUCAAUGCAAUCUAAACUACUCUAGUGCUGAUAAAUCAUCAAUCAUCAAGUUUGGUUGAAAACCUUUUAUUUAUGUUUUUAUUUUAGUGAAUCUAACAUAAUUUAGAGGUAGCAAUUUUCUGUGUUAUGAAAAAGUGAACUUAAUAACCAAUCAUUUAAAAUAAAAACGUUCUCUUCAAUAUACAUUUAGGUCAACCUAUAUUUUUUUAUUACUUUUUGAAUCAUUUUUACGACAAACUUAGUAGUAUUAUAAGUGGUUUACGAUACAAACUUAGAUGUGAACUAGUGAAGCUGGUGACCUAAUGACCUUAGAGUGUGAGCUGGAGCAUAUAGAAAGCAUCAGGUCUGACAGAAAGGUUCCGGUGCACCUUUCAACCGCCCCACAGUGCCCUGAUACCGGUCUCUCUGACCUUCAGGUGGCGUGCUGAGCUCUCACACAGGUGGACUCUAAAGCAGGUUUUGUAAUUAGUCCUGCACUGGACAGGUGGUCAUAAUAAUUAAACCUUUUCCCAGGUUCAUGUAGCAGUCAGGAGUCUAGAUUCAGUGAACUGAAGCAGUUCAGUUAGCAGUACCUCCUUCACUAGAACAUGUAAUUAAUUUUAGUAAUCUGCUCCAGAGGUAAUAAACAUGUUAGUGGCCUUCUAAAAAUUAUUACCAGAAAUAAAAAGUGCUGACUUUUACUUUCAGAUUACACAGAGUCACCGGAUGCACAGGGAUUCACUAUAGGAAGAAGACAAGACAGUGGCCACAGUGGGAUGUUCUGGGAAUUGUUCUGCAGAGGAAUGUAAUAGGAAAAAAGGACAAAGGCAUGAAGAAAGGCUGGAGCAAACUGAGGGGAAUAUGCUUCAUGCAUCUCAUUGUAAUUAGCUGCCUACCUGUUGUCAGGAUCCCUUUUAAAUGAGCAAACUUCCAUGCUCAGUGGAACACAUGAAUCCUGCACACAGUUUCCGCACUGUGUGCAGGGAUGUUUGAUAAAUGAGGUUUCAUUAUUCUCUUCAAGUUUUAAGGCCUGUCUGUGGGAAAUGUAGUUUUUAAAGUUGGAGAAAUAAGACAUGAAUGUAAAGUGUCAUUGUACAAAUAAGUAUAAUAAUGUGUGCACGGAACAAUUAAUAAACUUUGCAGGCAGCCAGGAGCUGAUUCUACUCUCCGAAUGUGGUGGAUGUUGUGCAGGGCUACUCAUACCGGAUGCUUUGGGUGAGAAACGAUCAGAAUUUAAAAUAACCAGCAACAAAAUAACACAAUCCACAUUUUGUGAUGACUUGCAUUUUAGGGUGUUGACCCACUGCAGUUCAUCUGUGACUGUCUGGCUGUGCACAGGUUUUAUUUGUCUUUUACUUCACAAUGCAAAUCAGCAAAGCUGCAACCUGCAAAAAAGCCAAUCGGCCACCUGACUGAGUUUACCCAUGCCCUGACUGACCUACACCGAGUGAGAUGAUGUUUCCGCUUUUCCAAUAAAUAGUAUCUCAAGCAGAAUCUUUUUUUCUAAAUGGUACACAGAUAGAGUAUGUGCACACAAACUAAAGAAAAAGCACCAGGGCCUGGGAUCCAUUGAAAUCUUGGGUGGCAACUACUUUGCUUUUUAUAGAUGUAUGCUUGGGAAGGCAGGAGAAAGCUCUGACUUGAAGGUGAUGACAGAAAAGGAUGUUACCCACAAUUUUUAAAAUCAGCUGUCUGGCUCCUCUCAUUACCGCAACUGUCUUUUUCAACAUCAUCUAUGCUUUCAGCUUACCAGGCUAAAUAAAAGUUAAUCCCAAAGAAAAGCAAAAUUUACAAGCAGACAGGAAUGCAGUGAUUUCUGUUAUUUUAGCAUCUUUCAGUUAAAUCAUCUUGGGAUUCUAAACAUUGGUACAAACACUUGGGAGGAUGUGUCCUCCUGAUUUCAGCUUUUGGACCAAUGCACUAGUGGACUGGAACAUCACAACAGCUGAAGAUGAAGCAAUGGGGAUUGAGGAAAACAAGACAAGUAUGAUGAGUCUGCAGCCACUGGACCUCCCUGGGCAUGUCCCACAAGUAUCCCUCAAAGAUGUGCUAGUUUGCAGAUUUUCUGUAACAGUGAAUGAAUAGAUACCUCUGUGUGUUUAGGUUAUAUUGCAAUGGGUAAUACAUGUGGUCACUUCUUAAUGAUUUGUAUAGCUGCAGUUUUAUUAAGGAUCUAUUGUAUAGAUGUAUAAUUUAAUAAUAAAAGUGAGUAUAUUAGUAAA